AUGAACACCGUUCCUGAAUCCGCUGACCCGCAGGGCUCGUCGAGCGCUGACGUCUCCCGCUUUCAAGAGCGUUCGUCCGCCAAGCUAUCCGGCAUUGGGGCGACGACUACUCCUGCGUCAGAGCCUGAUGAGAAUGCCGUUGUCGAUCGAGGAAUCCACAUCCUCGAGUCCAAGUCGGUCCACUGGUACUCGUACCUGACGACAGCUGACUUUUGGCUUGUCCUUGCUCUCGGCCAGGUGCUCGCUCUAUGCAUCACUGCGACCAACACAUUUUCCCAGCUCCUCUCCAACGCCGGCACCAGUAUCCCCGCCUUCCAAACCAUAUUCAACUACGUUCUACUGGCCAUCAUUUACACUGUCAUCUUUCUGGUACGCGAAGGCCCGCGCGCAUGGGGCUCUACGGCCUGGAGCCACGGCUGGCAAUACAUCAUCAUGUCCUUCCUUGACGUCGAGGGCAACUACUUCACCGUCCUGGCCUACCGCUACACAAACAUCCUGUCAGCCCAGCUUAUUAACUUUUGGGCCAUUGUCGUCGUUGUCAUUGUAUCCUUCCUCUUUCUCAAGGUCCGUUACCGCAUCUUCCAGAUCAUUGGCAUCGUCGUUUGUUGCGGCGGCAUGGGUAUCCUCAUCGCCUCCGAUCAGAUCACGGGCGGUAGCUCUACUGGUCCCGCCAUGGUCAAGGGCGACAUGUUUGCUCUCGUCGGCGCCACCUGCUAUGGGUUGAGCAACACGUUCGAGGAAUGGCUCGUGUCACGCGCUCCCAUGUACCAUGUCCUCUCCUUCAUGGGCAUAUUUGGCGUCAUAAUAAAUGGUGUCCAGGCCGCUAUCUUUGAUCGCAGUGCCUUUGAGGGUGCCACCUGGAACAGCGACGUUGCCGGCUGGCUGGUUGGUUAUACCCUCUGUCUCUGCUUUUUUUACUCUGUCGUCCCUCUGGUCCUGCGCAUGGCAAGUGCCGGCUUUUACAACAUCUCGCUCCUCACCGCCAACUUCUGGGGCGUCAUUGUCGGCAUCCACGUCUUUGACUACAGCAUUCACUUCAUGUACCCCAUUGCCUUUGUCUGCAUCAUCUUCGGCCUUUCUGCCUACUUCAUAACUGGAAGCACACUGGGCGAGAGCAAGAAACCUUGGCUCGGUGAGAACCAGGAGAAUGGGUUUGCUGGCCUUGGUACUGCCAAACUCAAGGCCUUGAAUGCUGCGCGCAGUGCCCAAGCCGAGGCUGAAACUGGGGUCAGGCAGAAUUUCUGA